AUGUAUCCUCAUCGAUACGCAGAAAUCACCCCUGAAGAACCUCCACCACCUUACGAGCAUCAGCAAAUGCAGGAACUUCCUGCCUUGUCAAUCCACGAACUUCCAGAUCAACGCAUCCUCGCACCAGAGCUUGAGGGACAGCACGGGUUUGCUGAGCUAGAAAGUCCCAUGGAUCAGCCCAACGAUGAGUCGCUCCAUGCCGGACUAAGUCGAAGGUCGUACUCAUGUUCGAGCGAAUCGAAUGAGCACGUUGCAGCCGUAAAUCGUAUGGCUUUUCGCCGAACGCCAUCCUUCGAGGCACCAAGGCUACUCUGGAGUCUGAGUACCCAGCAAGACCUCGGUGCAGCGCCCAGUAUGACCAGCGGCGAACAAUCACAUAAGUCGUCGCCCAUAUCACCUCUCACACCCGAAGUCAGUAGCGACUACUCUAACCAGCUUCACCCCAACACCGAUCUCGCGCCUGAUGAUAUAUCACCGCUAGAAAGUAUCUCGCCCUUCAAAAACUCUUGGGUAAUGACAGAUUUCGUCGACAUGGAAUGCGAUUACGCCUUGCGUGCCACUCGCCCAAAGUCGUUAGCAGCGAGCUCUAUGGAGUCGGUUCAAGAAAAUGUACAACUCUCUCAAGUGCGACGUCUCGAUAUCCGACCUGAUGAUUAUGCCGCCUUCGCAGUGCCAUUACCGUCCGCAAACCAAGGAUCAUACAUCCCCCGCGACCACCCAGCUUUCGCAGGGGGCGAUUCUUUGCCAGAGUCUUAUGCGCAGUACCAUGGCACCACAAACAUCCGCUUGGGUAUUUAUGAGUACGGCAAUCCCCUUGGAUGGCAGUAUCGUGGAAUGUGCGGACAAGAUGCGACUGAAGAUGGAGAUGCUGAAUACACGGACUCAUCCGCAAAUAUGCCAGGAUCAUCGCAAUACACCCCACACUUCGCUGAGUGUCAGCCAUCACCGGGCAGAUACAUUGAACUCUACGACCACCAAGCUCCUGAAGUUGACAUGGGAUUGAGAGCCGAUGAGACUGAUUAUCCGCCAGAACAUUGUGGGCAAUGUGACAAGAUGUUUAGUGGCAGGUACCGCAAAGGUAAUUUGCGAAGGCAUGUCAUCGCCUUCCAUAGUUCCUUGGCAGUCGUCGUGGGUACAGCGUGCCGUAUCUGUAAGAAGGCGUACAAACGCGCGGAUGCCACCCGUAAGCACGAGUGGAAGAAACAUCGUAUCCCAGACGCAAAGCCUAAGAAGCGAACAAAGUAG